AUGGCUGAGAAUUUUGAACACUAUCAUAUCCCACAACAAAGCAGAAGAGAAAAACUCAGAUUCUUAUCUCAAAACCAAACAUCUUUCAUAGAAUCUCCAACAACCCUAAACCCUACUUCAACACCUUUACCUUCUCUCUACGAUCCUUCAUUCAUUUCACCUAUUUUCUCACCUUCCACCAACCAAACAAUUGAGGCUAUUAACACCAACCCUUUUCUUUAUCAAACUUACAACGAUGGUGGUAACACCAACACUAACAGUGAAGUCAUGUUGCUGAAAUCUGAGCCUCUAUCUUUGUCUUUAUCAUCGUCACAGCAGAAUAACCUGACUCAGAUGAGUGUUCAUCAUCCUCUAGAGGCCAAUCUUCAGAGAUAUGGGUCUGUUGUUGUUAAUGGUGGUGGUGAGGUUUCGAGGAACACGGUUCCGUUGGGACCGUUCACGGGGUAUGCUUCGGUUUUAAAGGGGUCGAGGUUUCUGAAACCUGCACAGCAAUUGUUGGAUGAGAUUUGUGAUGUUGGAGUUUGUGUUGAGAAGAUUGUUUCUGCUGCUGAUUUGUCGUUGAUGGAGAAUUCUAUUCAGGAGAGGAAUGGAAUUGUUGAGGAUGGAAAUGAUGUUGAGGGUAGGAAGAACAAGUCUAGACUAUUAAAUGUGCUUGAUGAGAUUUGCAGGAGAUACAGACAGUACUAUCAGCAGAUACAUGCAGUAAUAACUUCAUUUGAACAUGUUGCCGGCCUCGGUAACGCGGCUCCCUAUGCAAGUUUGGCUAUAAACAAUACAAAGGACGAAUCUCCAAGGUUUUACAACAGCGACAGAAGCCCUUACAGUGGAAGGCCGGAGUUUCUCGAACACGUUCAACAACCUGUUUGGCGACCACAGAGAGGACUACCUGAGCGUGCUGUGAGUGUUCUCAGGGCAUGGUUGUUUGAACACUUUCUUCACCCUUAUCCUACUGAUACCGACAAGCUAAUGUUGGCUAAACAAACUGGUCUAUCUCGCAACCAGGUCUCUAAUUGGUUUAUAAAUGCAAGAGUAAGGCUUUGGAAACCAAUGGUAGAGGAAAUACACAUGCUCGAAUCACAACAAUCUCAGAAGGAUCCAUCACAAAGAGAAGAACUUAUCCGGAAAAAUCCGAGCGAUAACAACUUUGCUGAGAAUCAAUCUACCUCCACAGACAAGUUCCACGACGGCUCAUAUAAACGAACUAGAAACGAGCUUCACAAUAUGCCGGUGAUGAAUCAGAGUAUUGCAAGCAAUCAACAAGUCGGUAGUGUUGGAGUGAGCAUGAUGAAUAAUGGCACAACAAGCAAUGGUGUCUCUCUCACACUUGGCCUACAUCAAAACCAUGGAAUUGGGUUGUCCGAGCCCUUCGACUUGAGUGCCGCUCACAGUUACGGUCUUGCAGUUCAACCUGAUAGCUAUGUCGCGAGUGGUUUUCUGUUGCAGAAUAGACAGUUUGGGAGGGAUUUUAUUACAGGGCAACUUUUGCAUGACUUUGUAGGGUGA